AUGGAUUUGUUUAUUUUAGUACGGGCAGCAUCUUGUAAAGCUAAUGGAAAGAGUGGAACAUGUAUAUCAACAUCAUCUUGUAAAGGUACAUCUGUACGUGGACAUUGUCCUGGUGCAGCAAAUAUUCAAUGUUGUAUUCCCAAAAGUAGCGGUGGAAGUAGCAAACCUCGUGGUGGCGUUUGUGGAAGUUAUGCCGGUGCUGCUGUUCGAACAAUCAAGGGCAAUGGAAAUAAAGCUUAUUCAGUAGUCAAAAUUAAACAAACACAUCUUGCCAAUCCAGGCUCAUAUUCACUAUCACCAACAUCAUCGGAUAACACGAUGACAACUUCAACGGCUUGUGCUUUUGAUAAAAUGGCUGUAGCAGCUAGAAAAGCUGGUGUAUCAAUAAAAAUUGCUUCAGGUUUUCGUACUAUUUCUCGACAACAAUAUUUCUGGAAUUGUUAUGUAUCAAAAAGAUGCAACAGCGGUAAUUUAGCUGCUCGACCUGGAACAUCAAAUCAUGGUAAAGGUAUUGCUUUGGAUUUGAAUACUAAUUGUGGCAAACAAACACGUGCUAGACCAAAUUGUGGUGGAAGUCGAGUCUAUCAAUGGUUAUACAAAAAUGCUCAUAAAUUCGGAUUUACUCGUACAGUUAAAUCAGAACCAUGGCAUUGGGGAUUUCGUGGAGCCGGUGUUGGUCGUGCUAGCUUUUCAUAA